CACUCACAUGGGAGCCAUUGGCAUUUGAGCAGCCUGGAGGACGCCAUGGAUUAUCCUUGAACCUCUUAAAUAGCAGUCUGCUUUAUCAUGCAUGCCUAAACUUCCAGCUCUGCAAAAUGGAGCAUCUCUUAGCCACCUCAUGGAUUUUCAGAAUAUUGGUGCUGCAAUCUUUAAUGUGUCAGUGCCCAUUUGGACUUCCACAAUCAGAGAUGGCAGUGAAGGCAUUAACAUUGAAAGCUAUUGAGUCUUGGUAUUUCCACCCAGUGUAUGCAAGAUACUGGCAACAUUAUUAUCAAGCAAUGGCUUGGAUGUGAAGCCACCAGAACACCUACAGGAAGGCCCUGGGAUCCUAUUUCAGUGUUCCGUGGUAUCUCCCUCCUGCAGUUCUUCUCCAAAGCUCUUACAAUAGUGAGGCUGGAUAUCCUCAGUCCUUCUGUGACCAUCAUGUGGCCUGGCAGGACUCCCACUGCAGUUCUUCACAUUUUGGAAGGUCUGGACAGCAGCCACAAGACAGCAGUAGGAUCCAGGCAUCCUCAAGAGAAGACCAAGCUUCAUCCGAAGACGAGGAGACAGAGACCAAGUCAGAUGGGGGAGUAGGAUGUGACCUGAGCAAUAUGGAAAUCACGGAGGAGCUCCGCCAGUACUUUCCAGAGACGGAGAGGCACAGAGAAGAGUGAUGGUGGCAGCAGCAGCUGGACGCGGAGCGCCUGGACGACUACAUGAACGCCGCCCGUGACCUGCGCUAUAACACCCAGCAGUCGGUGGAGCCCCCGACGAUGGAGAGGCCAGGUGAGCGGUGCCAGGCCGAGAUGAAGCGCUUGUAUGGGGACAGUGCUGCCAAGAUCCAGGCCAUGGAGGCUGCAGUGCAGCUGAGCUUUGACAAGCACUGUGACAGAAAGCAGCCCAAGUAGUGGCCGGUCAUUCCCCGAAAGUUCUGACGCCUGGGCACAGGGACCCCUGCAAGUGCUGUUGGCACAGGGUCCUCAGCCUCACCCUCUUCCAUUUGGGUACACUCUCUUCAUCUUUCCUCUCGUACAGUUGUCAGGGAAAGGGAACUUUAAACUGAGAUACAUGCGUGUUCGCUGAAGUCCCAAUGGGCCCAUCACAGGGUGGAUGUAAUAUGCAGCCACCUGGAAGUCAUCAGGACGUGUACUGUUGCCAACAUGAGAAAUUUUCUCCUGACAUAAAAUGAUAAUUUUGUAUCUAUUAGACUGGUUUUUUGAUGUGGUCAGUAAGUGUUCAGUUCAUUGAAGUUCUUGCCUAGAGAUGUUGCCUAGUGUUUUGUCUUUUUAUAUUUUCUUCUAUUUUUAAUCUGCCUGAACCCGCCAGAUGCCUUAAAUAAGCCAGAUGUCUUCUCUGACUCUAAUUCCUUUAGUCCCCAACUGAAAAUGAUCCAAGCAGGUGGUAAGACAAACACUACUGCUCUCUAAUGCAGAGGCUGGCCUGCCUGCACUGUAAAGGGCCAGCGAGUGAGUAUUUUUGGCUUUGCAGGCCAAAUGGCCUGUGUGGUGACUACUCCAGUCUGCCCUUGUAGUGUGAAAGCAGCCAUAGACCCUAAGUAAACAAAGGGGUGUGGCUAUGUUCCAAUAAAACUUUAUUUAUAAAAAAAAAAAACAGGCCUUGGGCCAGAUUUGGUCUACAGAUGUUAGUUUGCCAACCACUGCUUUCAUGGAAUGAAAAUCACCUACCUGGCGUUCUUGUUAUCUAUCUCAUUGUCUCUACAGAGCUUGAAUGUCUUACAGAAUUGAGAGCAAAGAACAGUAACUCCCAAACCUGGUCACUUCAGCAGUCUCUUCUGUUACAGAAAAUGUAUAAGUGAGCCCUUACUAUAUACAGCAAAUAUUGUUUUGAUAAGGGAAUACAUUUCUGAAAAUGAAAA